AUGCCGGCCAGGCGAGCGCUGGGCUUCCCGAGGCCGGCGCUGCUGCACGGGCAGUGGCUGCAGGUGUCCGGCGCCGGCUCCUUCCGGCCUGGAUGGGGGAGGCCGGGGAGCAGCGGGCGACGGCGACGCCCCGCAAGGCCGGGCAGUGGCGGCAGCAGAAGGCAGCAGGGCCCAGGGUCCAUCCUUGCGGUGCGCAGGGCGGCGACGGCGGUUGUCUACUGCAUGAACGAGGCGGAGCUGGUGGGCGUAGCCUUGUCUGUCCUGGCCGAGAAUCUACAGCGCGAGGAAGGUGAUGAGAAGGGCCCGUCCGGGAGUGAAGAGGAGCAGGAGUGCCAGCCAACGCCAAGCGAGGCUCCUGGGAGCACUGGGGAAGGCAGCAACCGCAGUCCAGUUGCCCUGUGCCCUCCUGCCGCUGGUGCUGACACAGAGAGGACAGUGGAGGACGCUGAAGGUGAUGUUCUGAAAUACGUCAGGGAGAUCUUCUUCAGUUAACACAACCUUCUGUGCAGCUACCCAGGAGCAAACCGGGAAAAGUAGGGAGGGUGUCCCCUCCCACGGCACGGGGCGUGGUGGGGGGCCUGGAAUGGGCUCUGUAUCUGCCGUGUCAGUGGCCCGAGGAGCUGAUAGGAGGCCCACGAAGGCCAUAGGGGAAAAGGAAGGGGUACUCUCUUCAGAGGGUGUGCUGUGUUCAGUGGGAUUAGGCUCCAGAUUAGGUUAUGUUCACUUCUGUUUGGCAUCUGAGAGCAUGA